AUGCCCGUAGGACCACCCAUCCAGGUACGAUAUGGCAGAAAUGACUUCGAGAAAUUCUGCCAGAAGACAGCCCGAGGAUCUAAUCUCUCCAUCGGGUCGCAUUCAAUUGGCAAGAUUGACAUCGACUGCAAGUACCGGUGGAAAAAGUCGCAGUGGGGUGUCCUAGGGAGAUCAGACCCGGCGGGCAUUAUGUACAUGGACAUCACCUUCCACCAGCCCGCAGGCUACAGCCUGGAGCGAGCCAACGUCUAUGUCACGUUGAGCGAGGACCCCGAGUCUUAUGCGUUGAGGAAGGACAGUGGAAAUAGCCGUGCCAGAAGACGCGAGCAGUCUCUAGACGCCGCCUGCGCUGUGCAGUUUACUGAUCAUUACGGCCCUCGAUACCUCACCGGAGCGAAAUCAACACGCACCGAGGCAAAGUCCAACAAGAUAAUCCCCACUCUCGGCAUGAUGGGCUUUGAGCUGGGGGGUAUCGGGCAUGAGACGACGGUAUCUCGCGAGUUGACCGAUCGGUGGGUGUUCAAGGGUCUCGUCCGGAAGCCCAGGACGGGCCCAGGUUAUCGCACAUUGGAGUGGGAGCUGAGCGGGAACAGUCUCGACGCUACUCAGGAUCAUAGGCAAGUGUAUCACACUGCCUUUGCUUUUGAACACAGCGAGAGACCCGUGUACAUGCGGGUUGAGAUUGACGGCAAACUGCGCGACAGAGGCCGCAAGCUCAAGUACAGCAUGAUCAAGUUCUCGUCCAAUCUUACCAAGCAGGAUUUGUCCACCUUGACUCGGAUAGACCUUACUGGUGUGCCUGGCGCAAAACCGCUUGAUCAGAUUGCCGAGGGGCUAAACAUGGACAUGCAGAGGGAGAACUACAUGGAUUGCCCCGUCGAGCUUCCCUCUCCAAAGACGGCCAAUUUCUUCUCUGAAGCUCUUCCCCAGCCCGUUUCUGCUCAACCCGCUCCAGGUCUGCUCGCAUCAAAUCUAAACACGAUGGAGGCUAUAUUAGAUCUGGACGAUGAUGAGUUAUUGAACCUCCAACUCAGCAAGCCAGUUGGGCAAAUUGAGGACAGGCCUGACGAGGCUAUCACAGAAGACGACAACUGUUCCGACAUGACAGAAGCCCAGCAACAGUUAUCGGACAGCAUGGCCUCAACCCUCGUCAAUACAGAGAUAAAGGCCAGGCCUGUCUUAACCAACGAUGUCGCUGCCGAGCUUCUCACCAUUCCCGCUGUUCUAAGUGUUCUCAGGGUGCUAGCCAUUGUGUUGCAGUGGUGGAGCUUUUUUUCAAUCCGCGCAGAGGCAUCAUCCCAAAAUAGUGCCCCGUUUCAGGCAGUGGAGUGUCGAGACGAGCAGACUAAACUCAUGGAUGAGGAGGAGGAGGAAGAGGAGUCUGUAAAGGCGAAGAGUCCUCAGAGUCGCAAUUCAAAUACACGGCAGGGAAGGGUAAGGUGA